AUGAUCGGUGAUAUUUCUCGCACGACUUCGAAAGAUGCAUCACUUUCAGCGCCACCUAACACCCAAGACACUGUUGAGGGUCUGGAGAUACUGCAUGGUCUUUUUGCUGCUGCAGACGUCCCAGAUGGCUACGAGGAGCGACAAAGGAAGAGGCGUAAGAUCGAUAACGACGAUCGUGCUGAUAUACAAAUCACACGUUUUCAGGAAGAUCGAAGCGUUGUCCUGACAAAGGUCUCCAUCAACCUGAGCUUUUCUCCGGUUUCUAUCCCAGAGCAAUCAGCUCUAAUAAUAGCAGAAGACAAGGAGCCCGUUGAUCUUAACUUUGAGCAUGUCUCUGAUCUGGGCGCCGACCAGAUCAGGAUCGUGCUGUUCGAAGCAGUUGCCAACGCACGUGUCGACAUUCUCGCCACCAUCGAUGCCGCCUCACUUCAUUCUGUGAAAGCGCAACUCAAGGCCGCCGAAUCCCUGGCACACACUAGACAUGGCCGCAAGUGUCGAAACAAACCGCGGGCUGCUUUCCCUCGGUGUUUGCUCUCUCAGUCAUCCACGUCACAGCACAUUUACAAGCUAGACGUCGAGAUACGUUGGACUUUGGGGAUGUCUGUGGUUGAGGACCCUUCCGUGAGCGCUCACAUCAUGAAGGAGGAUCUGCGCUUGUUGUCGAGGUAUUUUCCUCGCGCAUCUGCACCGUCUGACACAAGUUGGGCGCUUUCGGAUUUUUACGAUUCGGUGCAUGUUCCCGCUGUCGAUCUUCAAGUAUCUCCGCAAAUUCAAAACAAGCUAUUGGACACGACACUUUACCCAUUUCAGCAGAGGACUAUCGAUUGGCUGUUGCGACGAGAGGGCGUAGCCUACUCUGCGACUGGUCAACUUGAGCCUUUCGUUGAGGAUGUUACACCAGCAUCGUUUCAUCUUACACAAGAUGCAAGUGGUACUCCAUGCUAUGUCAGUAUGCUUCGAGGCUUGAUCGUAUCCGACCUGAAUGCUGCAAGAGGCGACACACUUCACUCGCUAAGAGGGGGUAUCUUGGCAGAAGAAAUGGGUCUCGGCAAGACAGUCGAGCUUAUUGCUCUCAUAUCACACCAUCAGCGUCGGGUGCAGGACGGAAAGAUCCUCGACGAACUCACAGGGGCUCACGUCCAAACAUCAGGUGCUACCCUGAUCAUCACUCCGCCCAGCAUUCUGGAGCAGUGGCAGAGUGAGAUACACAUGCACGCACCCAAUUUGAAGGUGACCCACUAUAGAGGACUUCCAUCCUCUACCGCAUCGAAAAAGGAACAUGCAGCAGCAACAGCAGAAGAGUUGAUGCGCUAUGAUGUGAGAUACACUUCGCUACCCCCACCUCCCGAUAGAUCUUCCCGACAUGAGCGGCGCCACGAACGCCGGAAAAGCCCUCUUGUGGAGAUUUCUUGGUGGAGAGUCUGCCUUGACGAGGCCCAGAUGGUGGAAAGUGGUGUGAGCAAUGCAGCCAAAGUCGCGCGGGUCAUACCCCGCUGCAAUGCGUGGGCCGUCUCAGGGACCCCAUUGCGAAAGGACAUUCAAGAUCUGCGCGGUCUUCUGACGUUUUUGAGAUGCGACAUCUUCGCCCAAAACAAGAUCGUCUGGAGCCGGUUGGACAAAUUUUCUUUUCACGCCAUUUUCAACCAGAUUACUUUGCGGCACACCAAGGAUAAAGUACGCAACGACUUGCGUCUUCCUCCACAAAAUCGUGCUGUCAUCACGAUUCCCUUCACUGCGAUCGAGGAGCAGAAUUAUGCUGAUCUCGUACGUCUAAUGUGUGACGAGUGCUCACUUGGACCAGAAGGGGAACCCUUGGACGCACAAAAGGAUCCUACCAGCCCGGAAACACUCGAGCGCAUGCGUGAGUGGCUGGUGCGUCUGAGACAAACAUGCCUCCACGCACAUGUUGGACGCAAAAACAAACGAGCUUUUGGGGCAAGGAACGGUCCGUUACGAACAGUCCACGAAGUCUUAGAGAUCAUGAUUGAUUUGAACAGCACCAAAUGGAAAGCCGAUGCCCGCGAAGUGAUUCUCAAUAGAAUCAAGAUGGGUCACGUCAUGGCGUAUAAUGGUGACAACGAGAAACGCGCAGAGAAUGCUCUACACUUCUACACCGCAGCUUUGGAGAAUACCAAAGUCUAUGUCAGCAUGUGCCGACAAGAUCUGGAGCAGGAGCAGAAGAAAUUGGGCGUGGCUACUACCAUCCCUCAAGCGGACAUAGAGUCUGAUCUUGAGGGAUGGGUGGAGAAAGAGAACUUGGGAAACAUUCCUGCCCUCCGCAGAUCUUUGCGAUCAUUUUUAGAGCUUGAGCAUAUGUGCAAGUUCUUCAUCGCCACGUCACAUCAUCAGAUCAAGGAUCUGCUUCAUGAGCAGCAACCUGGAUCAGAGCAAGCUCUGCUCGAAGAGCAGAUGGAGACAGAUUGGUACGAUCAAGCGAAAGCGAUCAGACGUGAGCUCCUUGAGGACGUCAAGAAUCCAACACAACGACAGAUGAGAAAAAUCGAGUCUGGAAGACCACAUCACCAGCUGCCCACUGUCGAUGAGCUUCCUGACCUUGGUGGCAUUGAGAGUCGCAGGGUCUUAGAGACGAUUGACGAAAUCGGUAACUUCUUGAACGCGCAAGCAGUAAAGAUUCAGGAAUGGCGGACAAAAAUUGUCGACAUUCUUGUGAUGCGCCUCACUGAUGACGACGAUGAUAUGGAAACCACCGGAGAAGAAUACGAAACCUCCUUGAAGGCACAAGACGAAUUGUAUGUGUCCAUCAUGGCACUGCGCACUCUCAUUGCAGAUCGAAAUCUUGCGGUUCAUGGUCUUCGAGACACUCUCAUCGAAGAUGAGUUGAAAACAGCUGAGAGGAGAGCCUUGAGUAAAGACCCACAUGAAGACAAGGGCCAUGCACCUGAACUUCUGCUCGAGUUUGCGAGACAACGGCGAGACCUUGAAAUGACAUUGCAUGGUGGCUCUUUGAAGGGCGUGAUUGCUGAGCUCCGGUCGAAAAUCACUCCUCUGCAGUGGAGAGCAGAGAACGACGACAACCGCGCCCUAGUCGAGUCGAAUGUGCUCCAGAAGCUUUUGAGCAGCGUCCAACACAUUAUGUCGCAACAAAGCAAAGCUCUACGUGAGAUGGAGAAAGAGCAAGAGUUAUUCCGAAGUACUAUGAACCAGCGUUUGGAGUACUACCGGCAGUUCCAGCACAUCUCCGAUACUGUUGCAGCGUAUAAGGAGAAACUCGACGACGAGUUUGACCACGUUGCCUUCCGAGCAUUCGCGUAUCGGGGAGACAAGGCUGCAACAAGCGUAGAUGCCUUAAAAGCAAAGCACUCUUAUUUAAUGAACUUGCGAGCUGAGGACCAAAGAAAUGCGGAUGCGGAUUGCAUAAUCUGUCAAGAGGCUAUCGAGGUUGGUGUUCUCACGACCUGCGGCCACAAGUACUGUAAGGAGUGCAUCAAUCAAUGGUGGCAUGUGCACCGAACAUGUCCACUCUGCAAGCAAAAACUCAAAAGCUCCGAUUUCAAGGAUAUUAGCCUGAAACCCAGCGAAAUACGGACGAAGCCUGACUCCCCGUCUCCACCAAGCCUCUCUCCAGACUCGACAUCAAAGGUAGCUGAUAUAUCCAUUUACGCAAAUGUAUCCGACACAACCCUCAAAGAGAUCAAGAUGAUCGACCUCGCUAGCUCAUACGGCUCAAAGAUCGACAUGCUUGCGAAACACCUGCUUUGGAUCCGAGCCAAUGACCCUGGUGCGAAAUCCGUAAUAUUCUCUCAAUAUCGUGAUUUCUUGGAAGUGUUAGAAACUGCGUUCCGGGCAUGGAAGAUCGGCUGCUCGAACAUACGAGACAAACAGGGUAUUGAAAACUUCAAAAAGGAUCCGGCCGUCGAGACCUUUCUGCUUGACGCCAAAUCAGACUCUUCGGGACUGAAUCUGGUCAAUGCGACAUACGUAUUCCUGUGCGAACCACUCAUCAAUCCGGCCAUCGAGCUUCAGGCUAUCGCAAGAGUUCAUCGCAUUGGUCAGCAACGUUCGACUACCGUCUUCAUGUAUCUCAUCAGCAAUACUGUCGAAGAAGCCAUCUACGAUAUUUCCGUUGCUCGUCGACUAGAGCACAUGAAAAGCGCCACUUAUAAUGAUGCUGUGGACUCAGCUACCACAUCUAGUGAGUCGAUACCCAUCACUGUCCAAGAGAAGAAUUUGGACAAGGCCAACUCUGCAGAGAUGCAGGCCGUGCCACUUAAGCAGUUGCUAAGUAAGGGAGGUGGGGGUGAGGCGGUGCAGAACAAUGAUUUGUGGCAGUGUCUGUUUGGGAAACCGAGACGGGUUGGGAAGGAGGCGACGGCGAGAGGAGAGCAGCAGAUGAGGGUCACAACUGGUCUUUGA